AUGACCAUGACAGUGGGAUCAAGCUUGGCCCGCCUUGGCUGCAUCCUGGCCAUGGUGUGCGUUCUAAGCACGAACGGCGCGCCCGUACGCGACGGGACUCAACGCGUAACCAUCGACAACAUUGCCGAUUUUCUCGACUUACCCUUGCUCAGCACGCUGCUGGGCUCCCCUUCUCGAGCGAAUCUCAAGAUUCAAUUGGAAAAGGUCAAUGUGGAGGUCGACGAUCUCAAGCUCAUGGUCUUUGACAAGCUUGGCUUCUUCCGCAUUGAGGAUCCCAUUGAUCCAAACUGGGAUUUGCAGGCUGCUGUCCGCCAGCGCCGCUUCCUUGGCUGGCUGUUUGGAGACGACGAUGAUGACAACAAUGGCCCACCCACCACCACCACCACUUCAUCCUCCUCCUCUUCCACCACAACUACGACAACCACUACGACAACCACUACGACAACCACUACGACAACCACUGAGUUUGAUGUGUUCAAACUGCAUAGCAAGCCCGGAUCUUCCCAUGUGCUCUACAUUGAUGUCGAUGGACAUUCUCAGGCGGCGGGCUCAUACGGGUGGCCUGCUUUCGAGGCCCUUCCUUUUUCUUUGGAUAGCGACACCUCCAGUUUCAAUGCAAACGAGGUCUUGGCACUCACUGAAAUCUGGGAGCGCAUGGCCGAGGACUUUGCCCCCUUUGACAUCGACGUUACCACUGGCAGACGGCAGCUACAUGCCCUCUGGAGCGGCUUGCCAUCUCCUGGUGGACAGCCCAGUCCAGAAACUGGGUUUGCUGCCAGUCCUUUUACUCACACAUGUCACUUCUAUCACUUUGCCGCGUGCCAUCAAUCCCCCAUGAUAGAGCUACCGGCGUCCUUUGACCAAUACACGGCACAUUGCUUGAUCACUUCAAAGUUUCAGGCAGACGGCAGCUACAUGCCCUCUGGAGCGGGUGCCGGUGGUGUGGCCUACGUAGGCGUGUAUGGCACCUCGUACUACCACCCCAACUACUCGCCUGCCCUGGUCUACUACGACAACCUUGCCCGCGACCCACAGAACAUUGCCGACGCCGCCAGCCACGAGGUGGGCCAUAACCUUGGCCUAUCACACGACCGCCGCAGCAACGAAGGGUACUUUACCGGCAUUGGUUCCUCCAACGAUCCGACUUCCUGGGGGCCGAUCAUGGGCGCACCCUAUGGCAAGUCUGUGACCCAAUGGUCGCAAGGCCUCAACGGGGUGGCUGACAGCGCGAAUGACGAGGAUGAUAUUGCCAUCAUUGCCAAUCUCCUAAAUCAUCGUUCGGACGAGGAAGGGGACACAAUCGCCACUGCAUCCCUUCUCACCCUCACGGCCAACGAGGGCACGGCGCAAGGCUAUAUCAGCACCUCUGAUGAUGUAGAUGUGUGGCGCAUUGACCUCACAGCCGCAGGCACAGCCACCGUGCGCGUGGAUCCCAACUACGUUGAACAGUCCAACGGCAACAACUUGGAUGUUGGCCUGGAAGUGCAAACAGCGGCAGGCGCUACGGUGGCGGCGCAAGCCAGUGGCGGUCAAACUUUUGCUCAAGUCACCUUUACUGCGCCUGCUGCAGCCACCUACUACGUGUUUGUCACGGGCACAGGAGACCCCACCUAUUAUCCUUCCGACUAUGGUAGCCUCGGCGCCUACACUGUCGCCGUCUCCCUGUAG